GGCCUUACAUUUAUCUCUGAGCAUACUUGUACAGUUUGUUUCUUACAUACAGAAUCAAACUGAAAAGUGAUCUGAUAUUUAGAGCGAAUAAUAACUUGAAAGAUGGGUUCCGGUGGCCGUGCGACGGAGAGAGAUAAUUCCGGGACUGAAGUUGUUAAGCGAGCCCCGUCGUCCAAACCACCAUUCACUCUUGGUGAUAUCAAAAAAGCCAUACCACCACACUGUUUCAAUCGAUCCCUGAUCAAAUCUUCAUCCUAUCUUUUCACUGAUCUCUUUCUAUCCUUCUUCUUUUACUACGUUGCCGCCAAGUAUAUCGUCCACCUUCCGACCCCCCUUUCCUAUGUGGCGUGGCCGGUUUAUUGGAUCCUCCAAGGUAGUGUCCAGAUGGGUUUGUGGGUCAUUGGCCAUGAGUGUGGCCACCAAGCUUUUAGUGACUACCAGUGGUUAAAUGACACUAUCGGUUACUUUCUUCACACUGGUAUGCUUGCCCCUUAUUUCUCUUGGAAAUACAGCCACCGUCGUCACCACUCUAACACUGCCUCACUCGAGAACGAUGAAUCUUUUGUCCCCAAAAAGAAGUCUAGCCUAAAUUCUAUAGCCAGACUGCUCAACACCCCACCUGGCCGCCUAUUUAGGCUAACGAUUCUGUGCACCAUAGGCUGGCUCUUGUACAUUUGUUUCAACGUUUCCGGCCGGAAGUACGAGAAAUUUGCCAACCAUUUUGACCCAAAGAGCCCUAUUUACAGCGAGCGUGAGCGACUCCAAAUUCUCCUGACCGACGUCGGACUUCUUGUAGCAAGCUAUGGAGUCUACAAAUUGGCCUUGGCGCAAGGGUUCACUUGGCUAGUUUUGGUCUACUUUGCUCCUUUGGUUAUCGUUUAUGGGUUCCUGGUCGUCAUCACCUGGUUGCACCACACUCACCGGUCACUGCCCCACUAUGACUCCACCGAAUGGAACUGGUUGAGGGGAGCUUUGUCAACAAUGGAUAGAGAUUAUGGUGUUUUCAACACCGUUCUGCAUCACAUCACCGACACGCAUGUUGCCCACCAUUUGUUUUUCACCAUCCCUCAUUACCAUGCCAUGGAGGCCACAAAAGCAAUCAAACCCAUCUUAGGAGAAUACUAUCAGUUUGACGACACACCAAUAUUCAAAGCAAUGUGGAGAGAAGCCACUGAGUGCUUCUUUGUUGAGGCUGAUGAUGGUGACGACAACAAAGGAGUCUAUUGGUUCAACAAUAAGAUAUGAAACCAAAUCGUAAUCCCCCUUGUUUCAGUUCUCGUAAUGUCUCAAGCAUAUGUAUCAAGUUUUUAAAUGUAUUAAUGAAUCCAAUAAUUUUGGCGUAAAUUUCAAGUACCAUGUUGCAAAUUAUGAAUCAUUGGCGACGAAUUAUGCAGCAGAUAUUUUAGCAACACAGUAAGAUGAUCAAAGUUGUAGGAA